AUGGAGCAAGCUAUCGAACGCGAAGACCCUGCAGAGGUCGAAAAGAAGAUCGACUCGGAAAAAUCGUCAACCUCUGGCCGUUCUCCAUCAGAAAUCGAGGAUGUCAACUCACGACUGUGGCUCUCAGAAGAUGAGGCAUAUCAAGAAGCAAAGACACACCCAGAAGGGACACGCGAGAUCUUCAUCACGUUCUCGCAUGAUGAUAAAGACAAUCCGCGUAACUACAGCAAGGCGAAGAAGUGGUAUAUCACUUGUUUCGCAAGUUCACUCAACGUUUUGACAUGUCUCUGCGCUGGUGGCUAUUCGUCUGGUGUCGAGCAACUUGUCGAUGAAUUUGGAGUCUCUGCAGAGGUCGGAACUGUAGGACUCUCAAUGUAUAUCUUGGGUUUUGCAAUUGGCCCUAUGUUACUCGCACCUCUUUCCGAAUACUUUGGCAGAAACCCUGUCUACUUUUGCUCGUGGUUCGUUCUGUUCAUUUUCCAGCUUCCGCUUGCACUAGCGCCCAAUAUCGGUACUGUCAUCGUCUGUCGACUCAUUCAAGGAUUUGGUGGUUCGGCCCCCCUCACAAAUACUGGAGGUAGUGUGUCCGAUGUGUGGGAGAGAAACGCAAGUGGUCCUGCAAUGUCCAUCUAUGGUCUCUCAUCAACCUUCGGUCCCCCUAUGGCGCUGGUUAUCUCUGGUUAUAUCGCGCUUGAAAAAGGCUGGCGCUGGCUGUUCUGGGUCUACAUGGCUAUCUUUGGCGGAGUCUGGUUGAUUAUGAUCACAACCCUUCCCGAGACUCGUCACAGCACCAUCCUCGAGCGAAAGGCUGCUCGUGUCCGCAAGCAGUUGAGAAAGGAAGGGUUUGAGAAAUCAGCCGCAAGAGUCUUUGAUGCACACGCCGACGAAUCAAAGAGUUUGCAUACACUAUUUGCGAUUACCCUUACUCGACCAUUCAGAUUCUUGUUCUCGGAGCCCAUCACCAUUGGUGCUGCUGCAUACAACGGGUUCAUCUACGGGUUGGUUUAUCUUUUCAACGAAGCUUUCCCUCUUGUUUUUGGCAACAAUCAUGGCUUCAAUGCCGGCCAGCAAGGAUUGUGUUUUCUCGGUCUAGCCAUGGGAAGUGUUGUUGGUGUUGCUCUGUAUCCUAUCCAAGAGCGAUACUAUCUUCGAAAAGUCGCAAAGAAUGAGGGCAAGGGUGUUCCCGAGGCACGACUCUUUCUUGCUAGAGGCGGCGCCUUCCUACUUCCUAUCAGUCUCUUCUGGUUCGCUUGGACAUCUUACAGCAGCGUCCACUGGAUUGUUCCCAUCAUCGCUUCUGGUUUCUUUGGUCUGGGCAUCUACGUUGUCAUCUUGUCGAUUCUCAAUUACGUCGUCGACAGUUACCAGACCUACAGCGCUUCUGCGCUUGCCGGAGUCAUUCUGAUUCGCAAUCUCGUCGGAGCUGGGUUCCCGUUAUUCGCUUCUCAGAUGUACACUAAACUCGGUUACGAAUGGGCCUCGAGUCUGCUCGCGUUCUUGAGUAUCCUAAUGAUCCCAAUUCCUUGGCUUUGGUUCUACUACGGUGAAAGAUUGAGAUUAAAGUCUCCAUGGGCAAGAGAGCACUUUGCGCAAGACGAGGAUUCGCCUCACUGA